AUGGUCAGUUCCCUGGCGGACCUUGCAAGGCGAGUGAACUCUUGUGCGGCUUAUGGAAAUAUCACUGAGACGGGUUCUCAAAGGCCCAGUUCACAGAUUUAUCGACCACCCAAAUUUGAAGCACAUAGUUUUCAGAUGAACUCUACUCCCUCCUUACCAUCGAAACUUAUAAACGAUCUCUAUAAUCGAUAUAAAGUGACGACUAUUAUGUCUGAAUCUCCAUGUAUCACUUCGAUCUCUCCAUCAGCUCAGUUAUAUUCGACAGCGCGAGGUGGUAAUGUUGAAGUAUCUUCGAUCGCAAUUUGUUGGAAAUACGUUAUGAUUAUGGACCAGUAUUCUAUGAGUUUGGAUAACUUUAUCGUGAAUCUCAUGGAUGAAUUAUAUGUAAUGGAAACUUUCCAUGAGGCGAAAAAUAUGAACAAGUGGAGACUGAUUGAUUUUGAGGCGGCGAGGGUGGAUGGAGAGGAAUAUGUUGAUAGUAGCACAUUACGAUAUUUGUCACGUAAGUACCGAAGUAAUCAACGCGUGGCUACAUUGUGUACUAGUAUUAAGGCAGAUACACCAAUGGAUAUGUGGUCGUUGGGAUGUAUAAUAUACGAAUUGUAUACUAGAAGUUCUCUUCUCUCCAGUGAACAAGAGGCUAAUGCUAGAUUAUUGGAAGCAUAUUAUACGGAAGACUUCGAUUUUCCUGUUCACUCAGUGUUCGAACCAAAGGCUUGGGGAAAGAAUAAUUUCAUACUCCACACUCUUGGUGAGGGUCUUAUCUCUGAUAAUAGCGAAGCCCAUUUCACCAGCCAUCAUAAGAUGUUUGAUCCAAAGUCAUUCCUGUCCAUACCUAUCUAUCUUGGUCACUCUCGUGCGCUAGGCUCUGGAGGAAAGAUACUUGACGAAUUGGCAAGAAUAAUGCAUCGAAAGAAAUACCCGAAUUACAAGUACGAGCCUAGGGAGAAGAAUGACGACGGUAGAAAAGAUGUAAAAACGGAAGUGGAAAGCCCCACUUGCGAAAUGGGUGAAGAGCGACAUUAUGUACUGUACGAAGCAGAACCGAUGGGUUUGUUGCAAAAGAUUCGGAAGCAGUAA